AUGUCAGUCUUUAAUACUUCUGGCAUGGAAAUCUCUACUUUCUUCCUCACUGGGAUCCCAGGAAUGGAGUAUGCUUAUCACUGGAUCUCAAUCCCAAUUUGCUUCACAUAUCUCAUUGCCAUCCUGGGGAACUGCACUAUUCUUUUCUUCAUAAAAACAGAGACUUCUCUGCAUGAGCCUAUGUAUUAUUUUCUCUUCAUGCUGGCCUUUUCUGAUCUGGGGUUGUCUGUCUCCUCCCUUCCAACGAUGCUGAGAAUCUUUUUGUUUAAUGCCACUGCUAUUUCACCUGAUGCCUGCAUUGCUCAAGAGUUUUUUAUCCAUGGAUUCACAGCAAUAGAGUCAUCAGUUCUUGUUAUCAUGUCUAUAGAUCGUUUAAUAGCCAUUGACAACCCUCUGAGAUACACCUCAAUUUUGACCAUUGACCGAGUCAUUAAAAUCGAACUUGCUUUUGGAGGAUUAUGUAUUUUGUUUGUCUUUCCUUUCCCUUUUAUUCUAAAGAGACUAAAAUUCUGUCAGAAAAGCCUUCUAUCCCACUCCUACUGCCUCCACCAGGAUGUCAUGAAGUUGGCCUGUUCUGACAACAAAGUUAAUGUCAUCUACGGAAUGAUUGUGGCUCUACUAGCUAUGAUAGGCUUGUGUUGUAUUUCUGUCUCUUACAUGCUGAUUCUGAAAAUUGUUCUAGGCAUUGCCUCACACAGAGGUCGUCUCAAGGUCUUCAAUACUUGCAUUUCUCACAUCUGUGCUGUACUCAUAUUCUAUGUGCCUAUAGUUACCUUGGCUGUCCUUCACCGCUUUGGCAAAAAUGUUUCUCCAAUUAUCAGGAUAAUAAUAGCUGAUAUCUUCCUUCUGGCUCCACCUCUAAUGAAUCCCAUUGUAUACUCUGUAAAAAGUCAACAGAUUAGAAACCUUAUCCUGGCAAAAUUCUUUAAGAAAUAG